AUGGAAUUUUCUUUCUAUACCCUAAAAACCCUCCAACAUUGCAUCUUUAGCCAUAUCAAACAGACCCUUAAAAACCUAUUUUCUCUGUUCUAUACACAAAAUAUCAGCAAAAACACUGAUCCUUCCACUGAACAUCGUCCGUCUUCUUCAUUAGCAUCACUCCCUCUUUACAUUACAAACACAUCGAUCAAGAAUCAACUCAAGAUUGAAGAAUACAGAAGUUUUAUACCGCGGGUCAGGACCGGAACACGAGAUCUUGAUCCCUGUUGUGCAGUGUGUUUGAAUAAUAUACAGGAUUGUGACAUGGUGAGGGAACUUAUGAAUUGCCCGCAUGUGUUUCACAGUAAGUGCCUGGACUGUUGGAUUGAUCAAGGCCAUCAAACAUGCCCGAUGUGCAGAGCCAAGCUUUUGCAGAAUAAAAAACAAGAAUUGGGAUUUGAAGAAGAUCCAUUUAGAUCAGAGAGAAUGGUUUACUUGUUUGGUGAAGAUUAUGUGAUGAGUACUAGAUGAUUGAAUGCAUUUGUCUAUUCGGGUAACAC